CCUUAGAUGAUAACUGAUAUAUUAGAGGAAACAUCUUUAGCAAGUUUUUCUCAGCCCUGCCAUGGGUAUUUCUAAAAUACCUUUCUCCAUCUACUUUUCUUAACCUCAUGAACCCCCCCUUGAAACUUCACAAGGAUGUGUUCAUGAAUAAAGAAGAAUGCUACAGUAUCAGAGGGAUUUAUCACCUCCAGCUGCACUUCUUUCAAGCUCUACUCUGUUGUCAUUUGCAACGUGGUAGUAUAAGCCUGACACCAAAUGCAGUCCAAUGCUUUUGUUUCUACACAUCAAAGACAAAAAAGAAUGGAAGAGGCUGAACUGCUGAAGGAAAGAUUUCAGGCCAUAACAGACAAAAGAAAACUGCAAGGAGAAAUUACACAGAAACGCCUGAAAGUAGAGGAGGAAAAACUGAAACACCAGCAUUUAAAAAAAAAGGCCUUGCGAGAAAAAUGGCUCUUGGAUGGUCUUAGUUCUCUCACUCCAAAAGAGCAAGAAGAAAUGCAAAAGCAGAAUCAGGAGGACCAAAAACAGACUCAGGAGCUGGAACAAGACAUUCUCAGACUGGAGAAAGAAAUUGAGGCUCUGGAAAAAGAGGAAAUGAACAUCUCAGCUAACGAAGAAGCUAUUUUAAGGAAACUUAAGUCAGUUGAGAAAACAACAGAAGACAUAAUCAAGUCUGUGAAAGCAGAAAAAGCAGGAAUUGAAGAAGAGACAGCAGACUACAUAUAUGCCAACAUACCUGACCUUCCAAAGUAUUUCAGACCCUCUGCACUAAAAAGGGCAGGACAUGCUGCAACAGAUGAAGAAAAGAGAAAAGCAUUGUUUGCCAUGGAAAUUAAAGUUGAAAAAGAUAUGAAGACAGGAGAAAAUACAGUAUUAUCAACAAUACCUCUUCCCUCCAACGAGUUUAAAGAGACAGGAAUUAAAGUCUAUGAUGAUGGCAGGAAGUCAGUCUAUGCAGUGUCCUCAAAUUGCAACACAACACAAAAUGGCAUGGAUGAACUUGCUCCUGUUGAGGUGGAGGACCUUCUAAGGCAGGCAACUGAAAAAAAUUCCAAGUCUCCCACAGAGUAUCAUGAGCCUGUGUUUGCCAACAAAUUUUGCAGGCCAAUUACUCCUCAGAAGGAUAAAUUAGUCCCUGGACCAAAACUGGAAGACCAACGCAAAACAGAUACGAAUGGACUUAGCAAUCAUCAGACAGAGUUCUUCAGUACAGUAGAACCCUUCAUGCAGCAACAUAAAGAAAAUGGUGUUGAUCUCCCAAAGGUAACACAUCCAAAGUCUCCCUCUCCAGUACUUUCCCAGCCAGAGAAGAAAGUACACACUAAUCCUGAGAACAGGAUGAUAUAUAAUGAAGAGAGAAACACUGCACAUGAGGAAUUAAAACCCUACCAGAAUACAAGAGAAAAACAUCACGAGGCAAGGUCUUUAAAUUCCUGCCGUCUUAAUGAAGUAUCUUCUGCCCCUCAAGAGGAUGAGGAAGAUGCUCAGUACAGCAUUGUCCAAGCUGUACCAUGUUACGUGGAUGAUUCAGAACCAGUUACAAUGAUUUUCAUGGGUUAUCAGCGCAUUGAUGAAGAUGCGGAAGCAGACGAAAAGUCGUCAAGAUAUGACGGGGUUAUCCGAGCAGAACUAGUCAUGAUUGAUGAUGAUGAAGAUGACAGCAAGUCUGAGAAACCAUCGUAUCACCCUGUAGGCCACUACAGUCAGGUCUAUCAGCCAUUGAACAGGCAGAAAACCACAGAAGUCCCACAGACAAUCUCCGUGAGAAGGCUGGGUGGGAACCUGAACACAGCACCUCACAAAAUUUCUGUCUCCCUACAAGGGCAAGAGGAACGCUUAAGCUCACCUACACACCACACUCUUCACAACCAGGUAUCUGGGGACGGUACUGAAGAUCCCUCAUUAACAGCUCUGAGGAUGAGAAUGGCAAAGCUGGGGAAAAAGGUGAUUUAACAGCUGUAAUGACAUGGAAGUAAAGUUUAUUACUCAAAGCAGAAUAAAGCUAAGAAGAGUUUCUUCAACAUACUUUUUUUGAACUUCAAUGCUUUUUUUGCUCCUUUAUUUUACGCAUCUGGGUUAUUUUGCCUUUGCAUAAACCAAUGAACAUUAACAGACUUUCAGACUUGACCAACUGCCACAUACAUGCAGAUCAAAUCCUGGAUUUUGCUGAAGGCAAUGGGAUGUUUCCCAAGACCAUAAAUGCAGUGUACAUGCAAAUAUGAAGAUAUGUGCAUACCUGUCCCCACAAUAAGGCAUAUACUGUUACUAUACACACAAAGCAGAUAAACACACAUCUCCAUGGAACUUCAAAGUGAAAGAAUGUCCUGGGAAGUGUACCAAUCUAACUGACUUUUGAUUGAAAAUGCCGUCCCGGCAUUUUCCUAAUAAAGACAUUAGUUAAUGAAAAACUAGACAUGUAAGAUAGAAGCAGGAAGAAGUGUAAAUAUAAGAGACCGGUUUCCAAGCAUACCACCUUGGCCAAAAUUUAAAACAUUCCUUUUUAAGUAACAAAAAUAUAAACCAAAAUUAGCAAAGUUUGCAUUUAAGUAUUUAGAUGCUUCUAGAGCACCACAAUCCAGCCACCCUUCUAUUUUAUGUAUGACAAUACAGCCAUUCUAAGACCUUCCUUCCUCUCCACAUCACGGCAUGCUCCCCACCCAGAGCCUUAUACAUCCUGUGCACAGUACUACAAACAGCCUAACCUCCCAACCAUGACUUUACCUGCUCACUCACUACUGAAGGCCCUGCUUUCCCAAGAAACUGGUUGCCAAACAGGCAGGCACUUGUCCAUCACUAGAAAAUACUACUGAGCACAUAGAUUUUGAUUGGCCAGGGGAUCUAGAAGUAGUGAAAGUCUCCCAUCAGAAAUGCUGAUCUGUCUGUAACCUGCUCUGCAGCUGCAGAUCUGCCAUCAGUUGCUACCACUGCUGGACACAGCUGUCCAGCACAGUCCCAAGGCUCCCACCAAUGAACAGGUCAACUCAACAUAUGAGGGAGCAGCUGGGGCCCUUUAAGCAGCCAUAAAGUAAAGCUACACCUGGAAAACAACACACAAGUCAGAUUAUUUCACUCCCUAUUUCAUGAGGGGAAAAAAUGCCUCACAGCACUACAUCCUUAUAUUCAAAUCAGAGUGAUAAAGUUAUUUUGCUAGGUCUUUGGCUAUUGUGAAUCACUAAGUAGAUACAGCUCAGCUUACAUUAUUCUAGUAGAGCUGACUUGGAUGUUAUACACCAGCAAAAACCAGCUGUAACUAUUUUUUUGCUGGCCUUCCUCAUUUCAAAGCAGGAACUUGAAGCUACUACCUCACCCUGAGGCACGGUGCUCACAAUCAGCUGACUCAUAGCCUUUAACGGGUUGGUAGCUCCCAGUCUGAAAUGGGACAGUGAAUCAGGUAAUCUCAAAUUUUAGAAUUUCAGUCACAGAUUGUUGCCUGGAGAGUGGCAUAAUACAUAAGAACAAAUAAAUGCAACUAUAUUACACUUUC